GCGGGCCGUCCGUCCGGGCCGCGGGCCGCGCGCCGCCGCCGCCAUGGUUCGGUUCAAGAACAGGUACGUGCUGUGCGAGGUGCUCUCGGACGACCCGCGCUGCCGCCAGUGCAUCGAGGACCGCGCCGUGGGCCUCGCCGUCAGGGACGCCAUCGGGCGGGUGCACGGCGACUACGGCCUGGCCUGCUGCUCCAUCUCCUUCACAGUGAAGUACCUGAACGCCUACACCGGGACGGUGCUGCUGCGCUGCCGCAAGGACUCGUACCGGCUGCUGUGCUCGGCGCUGCCCUUCGUGCGGUACCUGGAGAGCCGCGCCCAGCGCUACCCCUGCGCCCUCAACACCCUGCACGUCGGAGGUACCAUAAGAACAUGUCAGAAAUUUCUGAUUCAGUAUAACAGAAGACAGCUGCUGAUGCUGUUGCAAAACUGUACAAAUGAAGAGGAAAGACAGUGUAUACAGAAGUCCUUGUUGAGCUGUUCCCUUACAGAAGAGCAGUCUCAGAGUGGAGAUGAAGAGGAUGAUGAUGGCACAGACACAGAGACAGAGUGAACGUCACUUGCUCCUGUUCACCUCCAUCCUGAACUCAUGUAAUCAAGAUGUGACCAGUUACCUUCAGUGUUAAGCAAAGCAGGGCACAAGAAGAGCACCUGUUCAUAUUUGUACUUCAUUCCCCAUUCCAAGUGUUCUUAAAUAAAUUUUUAAAAAAUGAAAUGUGGUUUC